AUGGACAGAGUCACCAGGCACCUGGUCUUCCAGCUCCCACAGCCCUCACACAAGCACGACUACCAUGAUGCUCACCAGGGUGGUUCAUUGGCAGAGCAGAGGGCCAACAGUGAUGAUGAUGUGUUCGGCUCUGCUCAACGUAGCAGCCAGAGGGUGGAACAUGGCUAUGGCUGGAAAACAAGGUCAAAGUCACCCUCGUAUUUCCUGGAGGGUGGAAAAGAUGUCUGGACCCCAUCCCCAGACAGGGAGUCCAAGCUGGAGGUGGUGAGAUCGGGGAGCCUGUAUGACCUCAGGGCUUACAGAGGUGAGAGGAAGCCCUCAAAGCUCUACGAUGAGGAUGAGCAGGAUCAGUACAGGGUCCCUCCACCGCACAUCUCACCUGAGAAAGCCAGGGAGCUGGAGGAUGAGAGGAGGGAGAUCAUCCGGAGCCAGGUGAUGAGGAAGAGCUCCACCACAGCUGAGCGUUGGAGCUCCAUGGAUGAGCUGAGCUCUAUAAACACUGGCACAGGCAUCUUCACUGUGUCUUUUGACAAGCCUUCCUCAGGGAGGGCAGUGACACCAGUUGACCCUGAAAAUAUUGACACAGAGCAGAUCAACUUCUCUGCUGCUCGGCAGCAGUUCCUGAUGCUGGAGAAGACCAACCCAGGCUCUUUUUUCAGCCCAGGGCAACAGGUCUCAUCUCCAAAGCCAGAGACAAUGACAAAAGUCUCUCGGCAAGAGUGGCCUAGUCCUGAGAUGCCCAUAAAGGCUGUGAGAGGUUACGGUAAUGCUGGUGCACCCAGCCAGAGCAGGACAGACAAGACUGUUUACCAGGUUUAUAAUGUGUCCUACAAGAUGCCUGUGAAGGAGGAGGUUUAUGGUCCCAGAAGGGCUGAUACUGGAAGGUCAUAUCCCACUGGGAAAGUAUCCAGCUUGACUAAAGGAUUUUCCAGAGAGGACCUGGACUCUGGCUUGGGUGAGAUGUACAACGAAGCCAGCACAGGCUACACCAGCAAUGGAAGUGCAUCCAACGAGAUCUUCAAUGGCUUUGUGGAUCUGAGGACCAGCAGCAACGGCCCAGACAAGGAGACGAAGAUCAGCAAUGAGACGCCCAUUGAGCGGGAGAUCCGCAUGGCAAUGGAGAGGGAGGAGAACCUCUGGAAGGAGAGAGGGAUCCAGCGGCUGACCUCCAGCAGUGAGAUGGUGGAGAUCCAGACCAAGCCUCUCCUCUCCAUGCACACCUCUCCCGGCCCGGGCAGGAAAGGGAAGGACAAAGCCCGUGCUUCCUUUUACGUCCAGAGGGAAAUUGAGCAGGAAACCAAGCGUGAGGAAGAUCUGAAGAGGCAAGGGAGGCUGCCGGGGACUUAUGACAGGGGGACACAGCAGGAGCUGGAUGAGCGACGGAGGGUGUUUGAGCAGGAGGAAACUCCCCCACAAAAGCCCAUCCCUGUGAGGAAGGCAGGUGAGCAGCGGAGCUGGAUUAAUGAGUUUGUGGUGGAGCAGCCCACAAGCCACAGCCCCCACCCUGUAGAAGACACCAGGGGCGGGAGAAGCAUUCCCAGCUACACGGCCAGCAUCACACACUUCCAGGUCUCCCAGCCACGCUUUGUUGCCAGUGAGAAGAGCCAGGACAAGCCCCGGGUGUCCCAGCGCAUUUUUGUGAGUGAAAGCAAACGAGAGAGUGAGGAUUCCAGGGGCGGAAGGAUUCCUGGCUCCACCCUGAGCCCUGCCAGCUCAGCUCCCCUGCCCAGAGAGUACUUCUUAUUGCCCUUCUGGAAUCCCAAGUUUUCCUUCGUUGACAACAUGGGGACACAGAGCCCGCUGAGGAGGGAUGAUGGCCGGGAGGAGCAGUACAAGCUGAGGACCUGGAAGCCCCAGACGUCGGCAAUGAUCGAGGAGGAGAUCCGGAGUGACCUGCAGAGGGAAGAGGAGCUGCAGGAGCAGCGGCGGCGGCGGCAGCUGAUCGAUGGCUACUCCGUGGUCAGCACCGAUGGCUUUCCCCAGGAGAGCUCCCGCUCCCGGCACAGCUCUGCUGCCUCAGGUGUCAGCGGUAGCUAUUCUCCCGUCUCCACUCCUGCCCCGCACCAGGCGGGGGUCCUGGGACUGAUGUCAUCCUUCACCCCACUGCGAGUGGCCGGUCCCUCCCAGGGCAGCACUGAGACCCUCACCCCCGACUCAGCGCGUUCCAGCCCCUUCGAGGAGCGGAGGAGGAGGGUGAAGGAGGAUGGAAAGUACGCCGGCAUCGAGCCCAUUGACAAGAUCAACACGGAGGUGGUGGAAAGCACCAGAGUGAUUCGCCACAAGAGCGCGAUGGCCCAGCGCUGGGAGGCUGGGCAGUACGUCCGCGACGAGGACUGA